AUCUUCCCUUCCCCAACCUAUGUGUUUCUCUGCUACUUCCACAGCUAAACUCUCUUUACAGCUCUCUCUCUCUCUCUCUCUCUCUCUCUCUCUCUCUCUCUCUCUCUCUCUCUCUCUCUCUCUUUUCACAUACACCAUAUAUAGUAAUACUAUAUGUAUAUAUAUAUUGUACGUGCGCGUUGGAGGAAGCCGAUUCGAAGUGCCUUCUAAUCUUGCCAAAGCCCAAAGGUGGGGCAAUCUAGACUGACACGUGUAGGCAUCUUUUGCAUUUUUCAAUGGAGGCCCAAAGGAACCCCAUGUGCUGGCUUAGGUGGCAAGGGCGGACCCAGAUAUGGUGCGCGGAUGGACAAGAAAGUAGGAGUGUACACCUACGUCGCACAGUGGCCAAUAUACUCGCUCGCAUGGUCGAUGCGGCUGGACAAGGGGAGCCGCCUCGCCGUCGGGAGCUCUCUCGAAGACUACACCAACAAGGUGGAGCUCCUCCACUUCAAUCCCGAUUCCGGCGACUUCUCCACCGACAGCCGCCUCGUCCUCCACCACCCCUACGCCCCCUCCCACCUCAUGUUCUUCCCCUCUGACGACACCUCCCACCCCGACCUCCUCGCCACCUCCGGCGACUUCCUCCGCCUCUGGCACCUCCAUCCCGACCGCGUCGACCUCAAGUCUCUCCUCAACUCCAACAAGGCCAGUGAGUUCAAUUCCCCCAUCACCUCCUUCGACUGGGCCCCCUUCGAUCUCCGCCGCGUCGCCGCCUCCAGCGUCGACACCACCUGCACCGUCUGGGAUGUCGAGACGGAGGCCGUCGACACUCAGCUGGUUGCGCACGAUAAGGAGGUGUACGAUAUCUCCUGGGGUGGCGUCGGUGUCUUCGCGUCUGUCUCCGGCGACGGGUCCGUGAGGGUUUUCGACCUGAGGGACAAAGAGAGGUCCACAAUUAUUUACGAGAAUGUCCCUCCGGAGACUCCGCUUUUGAGGUUGGAGUGGAACAAGUCUGAUCCGAGGUUCAUUGCCGCAGUCGGAAUGGACAGUGAGAAGGUGGUGGUUUUGGACAUUCGGUUUCCGACGACGCCGUUGAUGGAGCUGAGGAGGCACAGGGGGAGCGUGAACGCCGUAUCGUGGGCCCCGCAGUUCGGCCGGCAGCUGUGCUCCGUCGGGGACGACUACAGGGCUCUGAUUUGGGAAGUGGUGGGAGCAGGGUUGCGGGCGGAAGCCGGCGACGGGGAGGUGGAGCCGGUGAUGUGGUACGGAGCGGCGUCGGAGAUCAAUCAAGUGCGGUGGUCGCCGGUGGAGUUGGAUUUGAUUGCCAUCGCAUUUUCAAAUAAGCUGCAGCUAUUGAGGGUUUGAUUAGUGAAUAGGGAAAAAGCUCAAGCCAUCACGGCUCACUUAGUUUCGUUCAACCAGCUCCAGUCAAAUGGGCCGUGAUGUCGUAUUAUUUAGUAUUAGUAGAAUUAAAUUUGACAAUUGACCUGUAUAUAUUGGGAGAGAGAAGCUAUGUCUGGUGGCAAUGUAUAUAGUACAUGGGAGCAAAAGGCAUUAUCCGUCCUUAAAAUCGAAUAAAAAAAUUAAAAUAUUUCUUGAA